AUUUGUUCCUCAGUAUCAUUGCGAUCUCUGUGUGCUACUUAGUCUGUGUACGCUCGGUUCGGUUCGACUGCUGCCACUAUGUAUGUCGCCAUAUUUACGGCGGCCAUUUUCUUCUCUCUCUUUCUGCUCGUUCGCUGACAUUCAGUACCGCAAUAGACGCGUUAGUGAACGCGCGUAUCGUGUUAAUGCAAGAUUCUACGAUAAUUCUUCUUCGUACUUCUGGGAUCUCUUGCUCACUCAUCUUAGAGUUAUCUCCAUCUCCUGGGCAAUGAUAUAGGAUAUGAUAAACAAUGCAAUUAAUAUUGGACACUGAAGCUUCCAUAAAUAUAAAAGAAAAAAUGGCGACCUUAGAAGAACCGUCAGAAAAGUCUGUAAGUGAUGAUAUAGAAACUUUGAAAACCGUUAUUAAUAACGGUAACAAGGAAAAUAUUCAGUGUCAAGAGAAUGUAAUAAGAAAUUCUGAAGAGGAGACGAAUGGCAUAGAAAAAGAUGAUGAAGAAGUAAAUUCAUCACUUCCAAUAAAAGAUACGGGAGUAGAAAAUGAUGAUAAUCAACUGGUAAAUGGCAUAAAAGAAAACUGCAUAAAGGCAACAACCAAUGGAAAUGCAGCAGAUAAAGAAAAUGAACAGCAGUUAGACAUAAACAUAGAAAACAAGGUUCAAACUCUAGAUAACGACCUUAUAGCAGGUAAGGAUAAUGAUACCGUUAAACAGGAUAAUGGACUCUUAGAGUCCAAUUUGAAAGAAAUAAGCAAUACGCUGAAUGUUGAAGCAGAUAUUAACAUUGAUAAUUUAAAAGAAAUUUCGAGCUGUGUAGUUGAAGAAAAAAAAGAACACAUUAUUAAGCAAUCAGAAGGCCUAGAAAUUGUACCCGAGAUAAUGGGUGAAACUUCUAUGGAAGUAGAUAAUGAAACUGAAAACAUUGAACUGUGUAAUGUGAAAAGCAAUGAUAAUUGUACAGAAACUUCAUUUGAAAUACCUAAAUCGAUCAGCUUAAUCGGAGAUGCUGUCGAGGUUUGUGAUGAUGUUACUGAAGAGGCAGAAUUAAAUAAAAGUGUUUCAUCUAGUAGUGAAAUGGAUGUUGAUGUGCCUAUGUUAAACAUUUCGAACGUUAUUGACAGUGAAAAGAUCGAUGAGAAGCCAUCGAAUUGUGAUGAUGGGGUUGCAACUGAUAAUCAAAGUAUAUUGAAAACAGACCAAGUAGUAGACGUUAAAAACACGCCUUUAAUUAAUAGCGAAGUAAUCUUGGAAAAAUUCCCAUCGACCAACAACAUGGUUUUAGAGAAUACAAUGAUUGUAGAUAAAGCUAUUUUGGAGGAUUCUUUAUCAGUUGACGAAAAAACAAUAGCAGAGACGCUUGCGAAAAAUUUAGAGUUAGAUAAUCAGACAAAUGAGGAAAUAAGGAAGGAUUUAUCGUCAGCUGAUAACGAGGUAUUAAUAGACAAAACAACAGAUGAAAAUAAAAUUUUAGAAAAUACUGUUUCAAUUGAUCAGGUGCCAUUCUUAGAGAAAAAAUCAAAUGAUGAAGCGAUAAUAUUGGAGACUGAGUCAUCAAAAUUUGAUGAAAAAGACGUAAAUACAACCGUAAUUGACAAAGACGGUGUUUUAGAAACUGUGCCUUCAAUAUGUAAAGAAGUUGUGGAAAAUAACUCAUUAACCGAUGCAAAGGACACGAAAGAGGUCGAAAUUGUUGGUGCAGAUUCUGAUCAAUCAAAUAAAGAAGUCGUUGCUGCUCAAUCAAAUGUGGAAGUUCAAAAGAAGAAACCUUUUUCGAAAUUAGUUAACACCUUGGAUAUUUUGUCUGAUGAUGAGGAUGAUUCCCUUAGUAAAGAAAAUGAAACAGUAAAAUCUACAGAAAAACAAACAAUUAACAUUGAAGAUGAUGACGAUAUAAUGUUAAUUGAUGAAGACAUUAGUCGUAAAGACAAACCUGAGGAACCCACUCCGCAGACUAUAGAUAAAUUACCAGAGGAAAAAAAGGAAGACGGCACAGUUAAUUUAGAAAAUAGUACAGAAAAUAUUGAAAGUAACAAACUGGUGGAUAGUGAAACUGCGGAAGUACAAAAAGAUAUCAUAUUAUCUGAAAAGGAUAUAUUAAAGACAAAUGUAGAAUCAAAGGAGGAAGAUAAGUUAAAAGAGAAGGUCACUGAGAAGCCCGUGAUUGAGAAACCUCUGUUGCCAGAAAAUUUCUUAAAAAGUCAUAAAAAGAGUUUAGCUGAUAUGACGAGAGAUGACUUAGAAGAAUUUUGUAUUUUAAAAAUUGUAGAAAGCAUUGUAGACAGGAGUAAUUUGAGUGAUAUAAAAUCAAAACUCAAAGAAAUGGCUCAAAGCAUCGAGGAAUAUAAAAAGAAAUCCAUGAUGUUAACCAAACAGAAUAGAGACCUCCAAGUAGUUUUAAAAUCUGUACAGGAAGAGCAAAAGAAAAAUGCUGGUUCAGCGAUUACACCACUUAAGAUUACUAGAUCCGUUGGUAUGCAAGUACUUAUGACAGAGAAAGCUGGAAUGAGGAAAAAGUUAGUGAAUACUACCCCCACUACUAACAACAACGCUAGAAAUGUACGCACCCCGAAUCAAAGUCCAAAAUCUCAAAAGCCGGCAACACCAACUGUUAACCAAACGAUACCUGUUCCUAGACUAAUACCAGCAAACAACCCUGUAGCUAAAAUGCCCGCUCCUGCAGGACCAAGCUUGCAAACUAGCUCACAAGCAAAAACACCUAGUCCUGUUCCAAAUGGAGUGAGAAAUUCACCGCCUGUUCAAAAGAUUGCAGAAAAAAGGCCAAUCAGCCGUGUACAGUCUAUUACGGUCGAUUUGACGGACGACGAACCUCCAGCCAAGAUAGUCCCGCGAAGUUCUCCUGCCCCGCCGAUCAGAUUAGUAGCUUCCCAAAAUCUUUUAGCACCUAGACCGCCUUUUGGACAAACAUUGAAUAGUCCUAGAAAGGUGUACAUUCCUAUCAGUGGUCCACAGAGUCAAAAUAUCAGACCUGGUCAAGCAAUAAUGUUAAAAACUGUACAAGCUACAGGACCGGGGCCAAGACCAAGGGCUGCGCCGCCACAUGUGACGAGAAUGCCUCAGACUGUUCAAACAGUGCGCAUGCAGUCCAGAAUACAAAAUAGACAUCCUGCGCCUUUACCUGAUGCCGUAAAACAGUACCAACCGCCAAAUUGGAAGGCACUGCCUCCAGCGCCAGACCUAAAACUGUCCAAAGUAGAAAACGGAAUCGUUAUCUCGUGGAAAAUUGAGGGUUAUCAAGAAGAUAGCUACGAAGAAAUAGCCAGUUAUCAGUUAUAUGCUUACCAAGAAACGUCUUCACCGCCUAGUACAGCUUUAUGGAAAAAAAUUGGUGAUGUAAAAGCCUUACCCUUACCAAUGGCGUGUACAUUGACGCAUGUGAUGGCCGGAUUUAAAUAUUACUUUGCCGUAAGAGCGGUUGAUGUCCGCUCUCGUCUUGGCCCUUUCAGUUUACCUGGAAGUAUUUUACUCCUGAAUAAAUUGUAAGACUGAUUAACUUAAAUAUUGAUUAAUAAUAAUAAUUUGUUGACUACAAUGUCAUACAUUGUGGCAAUGAAUGAGUGACGCUGGAUGUGAUAGAAUUGUCUGUUUAGUUAUUUAUUAUCUUGUGUACAGUUCGGGUUUUAAACUGUAAUCUCUCAAUAAUAUAAGUUUAUAUGUAAGUAGGUAGUGUUGUAAAUUAUGAAUAGUGUGGUUCCUGAACCGAAAUCUACUCUAAAGUCAACGUUGAACGAAGCGUGUGUAUGAUUUUAUUAAUUAGGAAUCGCAAUUUAAUUAUUCAUGUAUGAAAAUAUUGUACUGUUAGUUAGAAAAAUUAAAUAAAUGGAAAUAUAUAAUACGCGACUCUAGAAGUAAUCUGAAGUUGUAUAUUAUUUUCCGGAAAAUUGUUAGUGUUUAGUAUUUUUACUUUGAGAUGAUACGGUAUUUUAAAUUAGUGAUUUUAGCCUUUUGAUUGUUGUAAGUACAGUAAAUAGGUCUUAUGUCUAAUAGUAUACAAAGUCAUACAAUUGAUGACUUAUGGAUCCUUAGGGAAUCAUAGACAACUUUAAAAGCGAAAUUUUGGUCUGGAGAACUAUUAACUGUACUAAUAUCUACAGAAUAAUGCAAUUUCUCACAAACUUCUAAUACAAAUCCAACAAAAAUAACAACCACUGUUUUUUUCGACUUUCUAAACUAAAACCAUAAACUUUUUUUGGUAUAGUUGCUAGCGAGCGAUAUUAUAUGAUUGCUAUUAUGCAAUUUAUAGAGAUUAACACGUACGGUCAUCGAUCACAGAAAUUAAGCAACUUUUGUUAUGUCUGGUAAUAAGAUGGGCGGCGAAAAAUAUAUUUUAGCUACAAAUCAAGAGCCGAGUCUGGCAGCUUUUGCAUAAUUAUUUUAUUUUCAUUAUAAUCUUAUUUAAAUAAGGCGGAAUUCAAAUUCACGGAAUUUUGCUAUGAUUUUUUUGUGCGGUUUAGGAUAAGACUGUCUGGGUGCGAUGGCAUGGAUAUAGGAUUCCGCUACGCUAGAUACUGGAUGCUGAUACUUGGUCCAUGCUGGUUGUCGUAGCUACUUUCAUUUAUCAUAAUACCCUUUAAAGUAUAAAGUGAACUCCCCCAAUUUUUUUCGUUUAUCUUAAACAUGUAGCAUUACAUUCAUAAUUUGUUAUUAAAAAAACAGAGCUUAUCAACAAGCAUCGGCAACAACGACUUUUUUUUAUAAAUCAUUAAGCAAGCAAGUUUCACUUGCUUUCU